AUGGGCAUGCAUAUGAAUGGCAACAAUGUGAUUGUGGCACCGUGUCUGGCGGAUGGUUUGGAGAAACUGCAAAAGCCCACGCAUGACCUGGAUGAAAUCAUGACAACGGCCAAGCCAGAUGCUGAGCCCCAUGAAGCUUUCUGUCAAGACAUCGAGGACAAGGCUGUAUGCAAGAUGGCCUAUGAUGUGGUCGACAAAGGCUUCGGCCUCGGCAUCACGAGGUGGCAGGCGAUUGCUGCCAAUCCCGGAGCUGAUGGCUGGGGCUCUUCGGAUAUGGAGAUUUGUCAAUGCCAAACAGACUAUGUCACUGCCAAAUUGCCCAGUUGUAAAGCUGUGCGGCAAAUCGGCGGUUGCAAGGCCUGCAAGACGUGUUGCCCCAAAGAAUAUGACCGCAAAAUCGUCAAAAGUCCUUGCUACCGGGCCCUCAAGCCAGUCCUACAAAGUCUUUCACGUGCGUAUACUAAUUCCGUCAAGUUCUACUUGGCUGCUCUUGUCCGUGCGACAAACCUCUUGAAGUACCAGCAGCGCGUGGCACUUGAUGUCAGUAUCGAGACAGCCUAUGGCAAAGUCAUGUACGGAAAGUCGCAAAUGAGCAAGCCGCCUGAAGCCCAAGGAAGCUUUUCGGCUGCCCUGGCCCAGAUUUUCAUGGAGGCUAUCGUGAGCUUCACUCACUCUGCCUCUGCCUCUUUCAAUUUCUUCAAGGGCGAGUACAAGGGCAAAGCGCUUGAUGGAAUAGCUGCCUUGAUUCGCCUGGUGGAGAAGGUCAUCGUGCCCACCAUCAAGACCUCGGCAGCAGUGCAGUACAAAACAGCAUCUAUCAAAGCAUACUACCGUGACGUCUACGACAAAGUGGCUGUGAAGAUAAAGAGCAACAUGGCCAAAGUAGUGGGCUCAUCGUGGGCUCGAAAACUCAUGCAGGAGAACCACGUGAGCCUGGAAGGUGCGCUCGAUGCCCAGUAUACUGAUGUCAUGGGCGAGAUCUUGGGCUACGACGGCUUCUGCAUCAAGAAGAACCAGAAAAUUGCUCCUUCGUUCCCCUUCGAACUCAUGGACAGCACUGUGCAGUGGCAAACAUACAAGGCCCUCAUGCCUGUGGCCUACCGUGUUUGCGCCGAGAAUGGCCACAUGUGCCUGAAUGCACCCAUGCAGCGGGUGGACCAUGCGCAUGCCACGGGCAGUAUGUCAGGGCACGAUCAGUAUGGGGAGAUGCACACAUGUCAGGUGACAUGGGAGGGCAAGCCCAAAUGCAACCCAGCUGCUUGUUUCCUGUCAAGGGCUAAAGCUUCCGGGCCAAUUCUUUGGGAAACAGAUGUCAAGGUCAGUCUUGAGGAAGAGGCCGGUUCCAGCUCAAGGCAGUCGACACAAGCCAUCAUGGACAGCAACAAGCACAACGGCUCGUCCGCAAAAGUGGGUGGGGGACCAUGCAAAGAUGCACAGUCAAAAAAGAUCACGCCAAAAUUUGGAGGAGGAGACAUUUUCUACGAACCGUACAAGAGAACAUGUGACGACUACUGCGUCGACCAUGGUGACACGCAACCAGACUCUCGCUUGAUGGAUGAGCUCAACCGCCUUACGAAAAUCUUCACGGGCUACGACGCGAAAAAGAAGAAAGGCCACGAGAGUCUUGGAAGUUUGCUGAAGAAGCAGGUUUGGCGCCACGGCAUCCGGGAGUACACCACCAUCAAGUGUGGCCGGGGGUUCUACAUCCAUCGGCUUCCAGACAAGAGGUUUGUGAACUCGGAUGAUGGAAAGAUGAUGAUCUAUGGCCAGCAAAUUGGGGAUCACGGUUGCAAAUGGCAUAGCAAGUCCAGCGGCUGCCAUGGGCGCAACCAGUUCAAGAGCGGAAAGUACAAGGGCGAUUGUGGGAACGAGGUUGAUUUUUGCGACGCUUGUGGCGAGCAGGCUACCGCUGCGCCCUUGCCCCCGACUCCAUGCUCAGUCUACGCAGAGCCAGAUUACUGCAAGAGUUGGUGCAACAACGACAAGAAGGGUUGGGGAUGUGGACAGGACUUCGAGCCUCUGGUGAUAGCUGGUGUUGGGGUUGCCGUGCCUUGGAGUCGGCUCAGCUGGCAGGUAAGGGCUUUGGGCGCCUUGGGCCCGACCCUCUUGGCCGGUGAGGAAGACGAGUAUACAUACACCUCGGAAGAGGAGGUUGUCGAUCCCAAACAGCGGAGCAAUCCUGCCGCUGGCGACUUUUUCAGCGGCCUCGAAGCAAUGAAGGACAGUGCAGUAGAGUCGCGCCGGGGGGAUGUUCCGGCACUUACUCCACGGCUGGCUCUGCCCGCAUUGCCCGGUGGCCCGGUGAGCAUCCCGGUCAAAGCCGAACAGAUUUUGGUAGAGGAAGAGCAAAAAGAGACGGCGGAGGUCGAGCUCUUCCUCGGGAAGCGGAAAGAGCUCAUCAAUCGAAAGUCGGUCCUCUUACGAGAAGGAGCCGUCUUCGAAGAGUUAUUGACCCACAUUCGCAAACAAUUGUCGGAGAGGGAGCAGGGGUUAGGUGGGAAGCUGAAGGAGCUGGGCGAUGCCUUGGCUGGGCGGGCCAUGGCGUUGGAAGUCGCUGCAACAAGUGGGUCAUGGCAUGCAGCGAAGUACCUCGAAGUGGAAAGCCUGGAGCCGGCAACUGUGGCACGGCCCGAAACACUCUUAGCUGCCCAGAAGCACGCCAGACUUGUAUCGAAGAGCGAGGGCUGGUCGAAAGGGACCGGCAAAUGGUUCGAGGGCUCUGGCACGGAUGCUGGGGCAAAAGGAGGAGACCCUCAGAAGGAGAAAGACGGGCUGAAGGAGAAGGAUUUCUUUUGUGUGCCGUCGGGUGUAACAGGCCUGGAGCCCGUGCCGUCGCCUUGUGUUGACAGGAUGCGGCCAAACACCGGCCGCUCCUACCCCUGCGAGUUGGGCGCUCGAAUCUUUGUUGGUGAAGACGCCGUGCCCUUCGGGGCUGGCUGCUCAGAGGCGGAUGCUUGUGAUGGUUCCUUCGUCUUCGCCAACCUUAGGGCUGAGCUGGACCGAGCAGUGUUGAGCUACACUGGGGAGGAGAUCUUGCCCAUGAGGCCAUUGACAGUGGAUCAGAUGGCUCCUGCUCUCCCUCCCGAGGGUGCCGGAGGACGAGUGGAUGCACUGAGCUUCCUUGACGGCGGAACAUACAAGCUGAUGAGCGAACCUUCACUCAACUUGCUUCCGGAUGAAGACGUGGUUCCUGGUCCGACUUCGGCCCGGGUGCACAUUGAGAAGGGGGAGCAUGGAGAGGUAGCAAGGCUGCUUAUCAAACGUGGGGUGUGCAAAGCAAUCAAGCUUGAUGAUGUGUUUCGAUUUCGAGGUGAGCGCGUGUUGAAUGGCCUUUUUGGUGUUCCAAAGCCCAAGUUUCUGCCUGACGGCCGCCAAAUCUUGCGGACAAUCAUUAAUUUGAUUCCUUCAAACCGGCUUCAGUCGAUGAUUGCGGGGCAUAGUGGAGCCCUACCAGCAGUUACUCAAUGGAUGUCGAUUGUUGUUGGGCCUGAUGAAGGGUUGGUUGCUUUCCAGUCGGACAUGUCCUGCGCAUUCUACUUGUUUGGACUCCCUGACUGUUGGCUUCCUUUCUUCGCCCUAAACAUGGACUUGGACGGAGAUGAGGUUGGAGGUGAGAGAGGAUGUCGUUACACCGUCGCCUGUUGCACACUGCCCAUGGGAUGGAAGUCCGCAGUGGGAGUAAUGCAGUGCAUCAGCAGACGCGUUCUGCUAGAAGCAGGCCUCCCAAGUUCUCAUGAGAUCACGAAGGACCGGCGAGUUCCACCCUGGCUUGUUACUUGUUGGCGCAAUGGCGGGGAGCACGGAUGGUGGCAAGUUUAUCUGGACAAUUUCAUCUCAUGCCAUGCUUCGGGGCCUGAGGGCUCAUUGCAGGCUAAGACGUUUUACGAAGUUGCCCAGAAUGCUUGGGAAGCCGCCGGGAUUCUUUGUGCUUUGGAUAAGAAUGUUGAGCAUGCAGGGCUGGUGCAUGAGCUUGGAGCUGAAAUUGACGGUGAGGCAGGUACAGGAGGAUUUCAGGCGAGGAGUGACGCUUGUGUCGAAUUGUUGAUGGCAGUCCUGCUUGCGCCUCUUGCGUCAGCUGACUUGAAGCGGCCGGUCCACCCUGCCGUUGUCGCAACAGAUGCCUCUGAAUCUGGUGGGGCAGUUUGCGUGUCAACAGGCUGCACGUGGUCAGGUGCGUCCUUUUCGGCUGCAAUUUCUGCUUCACUGAAAGAGCUGGACUGCGUGCCGAUCUUAGUGAUUUCAUUGUUCAAUGGUAUUGGUGGUGCAUUCAGGGCCUAUGACUUGUUGGGCGUUCGUGCAGCAGGUUUGAUUGCCGUGGAAAUACACAAACCAGCCAACAGGACCGUCCGACGAGCGUGGCCACAUGCUAAAAUUGUGGAAAACAUUCAAUCUGUUGAUCGCUCGGUUGUCCAUGAGUGGCUUGGGAUGUUUUCCUCUGUGCGAGAAGUCCACGUGUGGGCAGGUUUUCCUUGCGUGCACUUAUCUUCUGUGAGGGCCGGGCGCAAAAAUCUGGAAGGAGAAGGGUCCAACCUCUUCUGGAAGAUGUGGGAGCUCGUCGGUGUGAUUGCGGAUGCAUUCUCAUUUGCGAAACUCCGGUGGAUCAUUGAGAAUGUCGCUUCUAUGGAUGUUUCUGCUCGUGAUGAAAUCUCCAAAGUUGUCGGAGUUGUCCCAUAUCGGCUUGAUCCUAUAGACGUGUUGUGUUGCUCGCGACCUCGCUUUGCUUGGACGUCGGAAUGGGCCGCCGAAACUGCCGGUGUCAGCAUUACUCCUCGCAAGGGGUUUUGUGAAGUGAGCAUGACGGCUGACAACGUGCCAGAUGAAUGUUGGAUUCGUCCAGGUCUCAACAGGUGUGCUGAGGAUGCACGCGCCAGAUGGGAAAGCGAUGAUUACCGCUUCCCCCCAUACCAGUACCAAUCCAAAUUCCUGCUCACUGAUGGUGAGAACAUGAGAUAUGCAGACAGCUCAGAAAGAGAGUUGUCAUCGCCAACCGUCUAUGUCAAGGCACAAAUCAUAGUGGGUCAGACGUCCGGAUUUCCACUGGAGAGCUUGUCCAUCCGGAAAAAGGGGUUCGCCAAUCAGUGGUUACAAACUUUGCUGAGCUUGAUGGUGCCAUGUGAUUGGAUCGAAGUGAUGUGGGCCCGCGGUGAGACGUUGGGCAUCAUUGGUGACGCUUUAUCCGGUAUGCACGCUUUCUGGCCGCAAUGCCGUCGACAACUUCUUAUUUCUUGGAAACUUUUCAAGACGUGGAGACGUCUUGAACCUCCACAGCGUGCCCCUCCGCUGCCCGCCCAAGUUGCCUCCGCCUUUCUGGCUUUCUGUGUCGAACAACACCAGCUGGAACUUGGUGUCUUGGUUGGCCUCGGCUUCCAUUGCCUGUUACGAACGGGAGAGUUGCUCGCACUUUCCUUGGACGACAUCUGGCUGGGUUCAUCCCGCGCCGUUGUCAAUCUCCGCGUGACCAAAACAUCUCAGCGGUCUGGCUCCUACGAAGCCGUUACGGUCUCAGAUCGUGCCGUUGUCAAGCUGUUAGAGACUCUUCUCUUUGUUAGACAAGCCAAACUCUGCACUGGAACAAUUUGGCUUGGUUCGCAUCAGUCCUUUCGCAUCGCCUUCCGACAUUUGUGCAAAUCGUUUCACUUGCAAGCACAAGGCUUCCACCCGUAUUCGUUGAGACGGGGAGGGGGAACUUUCCUUCUGCAGCAGGGGGUUGCCCUGGAACAUAUCCUGUUGCGAGGGCGGUGGCAGUCCAUGAAAGCCGCAAGAGUUUACUUGCAGGACGGCAUGGCUACAUUAGCCGACAUCAAAUUGUCUUCUCAGUCCCUUGCCUUAGUGGCAAACUACAAUUCCCAUUUUACAGCUGCGCCGUGA